CUUUCUUUUGUUUUGAUAUAGACUGCGCUGCGGGUGCACUGUGUGGGAGGAUGUUCUGGUUUAUCCUUUUUUCACAAUCUGCAAUCGUGUGUACGAACAGCAAUAAAACGAUUUUAUAAUGGCAACAAAUGGUUUGCAUGUGUUCCUGUCUUUUUUAUUUAUCGUUUAUAGUUAAUAUUUUCAUUUAGAGAGAAACUGACAGUACAACCCACCGGUACACACCAAAGCAAAGGCUAGGCCUAGCCUUCCUCCCUUACCCUAGCUUUUCUUUACUAGAUAAAGCCACCUGUCUGUAGACGCCAGAAGAGACAGCGCCUCUGGAGCUACCUACCCAGGCCUAGACGAAGGUUAACAAAUUGAUGAAUAGGACUUGCUAGCUUUCCACAAUGAGGACAUUAACUAUACCACAAAACAAUGGCAGGUCUGCUGCUGAAAACCAUAACUCGGAAAUUACACCAGAAACAAAUAUGGAAAAUUUGCGCUUUACAAACUUUGAUGCCAUUUUCAUUUUUGGUGGUAUGUGGACAUAUAUUGCUGACCUGGUAACAGAUAUUUUAGUUGGAUUCAAAUACCUCAGGGAUAGGGACUAUUGGUGGUGUGGCUUGACAUUUUUCUUUGUGAUCUUUCCGUCAUUUACCUUGCAAUAUCUCAGCCUUCGGUGGUUUGUGACAGAUGACCAGAGGCACCGAGAUGAAACACACAACCAAGGCCCGGACCCAACUCAAGCACGUUCUGGUUUUGCAAAUAAACUUUGGGAAUGGACCAGUUGGCUUCUAACUCAUGUACUACAGCUUGGCGCUGUCAAUAGGUAUAUUCGAACAUUACGUUAUGGUUUUAAGAGCCGCUUGAAUCAGAAAUAUUAUCGUAACAUGGUGUAUGAAUAUCGUGACGUGACAAUGCUGCGCUUGAUUGAAGCGUAUACGGAAUCCGCACCUCAACUCGUCCUUCAACUCUACAUUAUGGUAAAAGUUAAAGAUGCAAGUUUACUAACAACUACUUCAGCUUGUGUGUCGCUCGCUUCAUUAGCGUGGGCGUUGGAGGCCUAUCAUAAAGCUCUACGGGAAUCCCGCAGUGACAAACAGAAUGUGGGCUACGUUGCCCUUGCUGUACGUAUAGUAUGGAGAUUGUUUGUGGUGGCGUCUCGUGUGAUUUCCCUUGCCUUGUUUGCUUCCGAGUAUGGAUGGGGUGUAUUCAUCGUAGUCGGUGUCCAUUGGGUUUACAUGACCGUCUGGCUUGUCCAUCAGAAGACCGAUUUCUGUCCGACACGAUUCGAAGAAAUUUUAUUUGAUAUUGUCAUAGGUAUUAUAUACAUGUUCUCAUACUUUAAUAUGAAGGAGGGACAGACCAGAUAUAGGAUGCUAUCAUUUUACAUUAUUAUGUUUAUAGAAAAUUCAGUAAUGUUUGCCUUGUGGUACUAUUAUGGUGGUCGGAAACUUAUGUAUGGUUUGCCUGCUUUGGUCUUUGUUUGGGGUGGAUUUUUCUUUGGUAUUAUUGUCAUGCUCUUUUACUAUCGCUGUCUGCACCCAAGUGAUAAUAUUAGAAUGUGUGGAGGGAAUGCAGAAGAUGAGCGUGAUUGUAGCCAUGUCGAAUUGGGCCUGGAGCAGGUCAGCAAUCAAGAUGAGGUUGAAGCAAUAACCCAACAAGCUAGCAACUCACAACUGAGUGUAACAGCUGACAAAAAAUCAGCGGAGGAGGGGAAUUUAUUUUCAAGCAAAGGCAGAAGGUACUUAUAUUGGGAGAUUGGUAUAUAUAUCAAUGAUGCAAAAGCACCAGAAACAAGACUAUAAUGGGGGGGGGGGUUAAACUAUUUAAAAAAAAAUUAUAAAAUAGAAUUACUUUUAUGCAUGUAUAUAUUUAAACUCCCUUUUUCCACAUAUUUAGUAUUGAUUUGUAUAUGUUGUUUAGUAUGUCUCGUGUAAAGAAUUGACAUACUGUAGAUGUCGAAUAUAUAUUAAUUUUUUCUUACACAAACAUCUCAUAAAUCCGAAGAGGCAGAAUACACCUUAAUAUGGCCUUUUGCUAUCCAAAUGUGGAAUAUAUUAUGCUGCAUUAAUAAAUAAACGCCAAUAUAAAGAAGCAUUGUAUUUUUAUAACCUAGAUUCCAGAAUAUGUAGUUAUUGAAUCCAGACAUUUCUUGAAAAAAUAUUUUAGUUAAAAUUAAUCAUGUUAUAAAUAAUGUUAUAAAAUAAUAAUCAAAAAAUUGAUAUCAAUUUUAAACAUUUUAUUCAUAUUCAAGAAGCAUCUCUUCCAUUUAUGUAAAAACUCCUUAAUUUUCCCUCUACAAGUUUGAUAUCUUAUGUUCUCAUAAUAUUAACAGAAAAGCCAAUCAAAAUACUUGUAAAUUUCAUUGUACAUCAUGCAUUUAAAAGUCUAAAACUAUUUUAAUUAUUUAUUAAUGCUACAGGGAGUAGGCCUAAGGCAGACAAUCAUUAGAUUGUUCCUAGAUGUGUUAGUGCAAUUACAUAUUUUAUUCAUACUCCAACAUACUGUACUUGAAAGAACCUAAUAUUUUAAGUUAUUUAUUCAAGAACAAUAUCACCUUCCUGAACCUUGUGUGCAGUAUAAGUUGUCUUAGAAUUCUGUAUUUAAUGGAAUACUUGUAUUAGUUCUCUCUGUCUCUUAAUCUUAUUAAAGAUGUUUGAAGAUCCAGUUAGA